AUGUCAGAGUGCCAGGAGCGCCGCGCGGGCUCCCCCGCCGGCCGCCACCCACGACCACGAGGCGGCGUGGGCAGCGUCAAGUUCGGCGGCUCCACCGCGACGGCCGGCUCGUUCCCGGCCGACGGGCUAGUCGGGCUCGGCGGCGGCGCGGUCUCCCUCGUGAUGCAGCUCGGUGGCGCGGCGUCGCUCGGCCGAAGAUUCUCCUACUGCCUCGUCCCGCACUCCGUCAACACUUCAUCGGCGCUCAACUUCGGCGCCCUCGCCAAUGUCACCGAGCCCGGCGCGGCGAGCACGCCGCUCGUCGCCGGGGACGUGGACACGUACUACACCGUGGUCCUCGACUCCGUCAAGGUCGGCAACAAGACCGUGGCAUCGGCGGCGAGUUUGCGCAUCAUCGUGGACUCCGGUACGACGCUGACAUUCCUCGACACAGCUCUGAUGGGACCACUCGUCGACGAGCUCUCCCGCCGGUGCAGUCGCCGGAUGGGCUGCUGCAUCUGUGCUACGAGGUGGCCGGGCGGGAGGUGGAAGCCAGAGAGAGAAUCACAAAUCACAUCGAUAAACAUCUCUAGAAGUCCAUCUUGUUCAGAUAAUCACAGUACUUAUGUAGAAAGGAUAGUAAGAUACAGAAAUGCAAAAAUAAGCUGUGUUACUCCUGCAAAUUGCAAGUGAACAGAACAAUCUCAAGCUAAGCUGUUCUUUAAUCAGAAGAACAGGAUAUGAACAAGCAGAAUUUCAAGAUAUUUUGUGGCGCCGGUUUCGCUUUCUUACCUCGCUAUAGAUUCUGUGAGAGAUCAAAUUACAUGACCCAUAAAUUGUAGAGCAAUGCAGGAGUAACACUCCCAGCUGAGAAAUUGAUUGAUGUAUAACACUCCGAUCUUCGAUCUUCGUUAGGCGAUGCAAUGAGAGAAUUCAGAAUUCUCACCAACAGCCAGCUUGCUAGAAUAGAGUAUGAGUUACUGAUCUUGAAUGACCUCGUGUGUACAGCCAACAGGAAGCAAACCGAACAGGCGAGUCCGGACUUGACGCUGGAGUUCGGCGGUGGCGCUGAA